UUUGGCCACCGUUUAGUUGGCUUUCGGCAGCGGUUCUAGCUGCUUGCGUGCGGUCGGUUCGGAAAGUUUUUAAAACAAAUUUCUUAAAAAAAUUGAUAGUUUGGAGAAGAGAACUGAAACUCUAAGAAACAAAGGAAUUAAGAACUGUGUCAGGAUGUAUUUACCGUACUCGCAACUGCCGGAUCCGACGGAUAAGUUUGAGAUCUAUGAGGAGAUUGCCCAGGGUGUGAAUGCCAAGGUAUUUCGGGCCAAGGAGUUGGACAAUGAUCGCAUUGUGGCCUUGAAGAUCCAGCAUUAUGAUGAAGAGCACCAGGUAUCCAUCGAGGAGGAGUAUCGCACUCUGAGGGAUUACUGUGACCAUCCGAAUCUACCGGAAUUUUAUGGAGUCUACAAGCUGUCGAAACCCAAUGGACCCGAUGAGAUCUGGUUUGUCAUGGAGUACUGCUCCGGUGGAACCGCCGUGGAUAUGGUUAACAAGCUCCUCAAACUCGACCGCCGUAUGCGAGAGGAGCACAUUGCCUAUAUCAUUCGGGAAACGUGCCGGGCAGCCAUCGAGCUGAACCGUAAUCAUGUCCUGCAUCGGGACAUUCGCGGCGAUAACAUCCUCUUGACCAAAAAUGGAAGAGUUAAGCUUUGCGAUUUCGGACUGUCCCGUCAAGUGGAUUCGACUUUGGGAAAGCGGGGAACCUGCAUUGGUUCACCCUGCUGGAUGGCACCGGAAGUGGUUGCCGCCAUGGAGGCCCGGGAACCGGAUAUCACCGUGAGGGCGGAUGUCUGGGCCUUGGGCAUCACCACCAUUGAAUUGGCCGAUGGCAAGCCACCGUUUGCUGACAUGCAUCCCACCAGGGCCAUGUUCCAAAUUGUGAGGAAUCCUCCGCCGACCCUGAUGCGUCCCACCAACUGGUCGCAGCAGAUCAAUGACUUCAUCUCCGAGUGUCUGGAGAAGAAUGCCGAGAAUCGGCCAAUGAUGGUCGAAAUGGUGGAACAUCCAUUCCUCACUGAGCUCAUCGAAAACGAGGAUGAGAUGCGUUCGGAUAUUUCAGAGAUGCUGGAGCUAUCCAGGGAUGUGAAAUCGCUCUACAAGGAGCCAGAACUCUUUGUGGAUCGUGGCUAUGUGAAGAGAUUCGAUGAGAAGCCGGAACGGAUGCACCCAGAAGAUUUGGCCGCCCUGGAGAAUCCAGUGGAUGAAAGUAUCAUUGAGUCUCUACGAAACCGCAUGAUGAUGGGAGAAUCCUACAGUUUCAUUGGGGAUAUUCUGUUGUCCUUGAAUUCAAAUGAUAUUCGCAAUGAGUUUCCCGAGGAGUUCCAUGCCAAGUACCGCUUCAAGUCACGUUCUGAGAAUCAGCCACAUAUUUUCUCCGUGGCCGACAUCGCCUACCAGGACAUGUUGCAUCACCGUGAGCCCCAGCACAUUGUGCUAUCCGGCGAGAGUUACUCCGGAAAAUCGACCAAUGCCAAGCUGCUGAUCAAGCACCUGUGCUACCUGGGUGCCGGAAAUCGCGGGGCCACCGGGCGUGUGGAGAGCUCCAUCAAGGCCAUUCUCAUGUUGGUGAAUGCCGGAACUCCGGUGAACAACGACUCCACCAGGUGUGUGUUGCAGUAUUGUCUGACCUUUGGAAAAACCGGAAAGAUGAGCGGAGCCGUCUUUAAUAUGUACAUGCUGGAGAAGCUGAGGGUGGCCACCACGGAUGGCACCCAGCAUAAUUUCCACAUUUUCUACUACUUCUAUGAUUUCAUUAACAAGCAGAAUCAACUAAAAGAGUACAAUCUCAAGGCCGACAGGAACUAUCGAUAUCUGCGUGUUCCACCGGAAGUUCCGCCAUCGAAGUUGAAAUACCGUCGCGAUGAUCCCGAGGGAAAUGUCGAGCACUUCCGGGAGUUUGAGAAUAUCCUUCGUGAUUUGGAUUUCAAUCACAAGCAAUUGGAAACAGUUCGCAAGGUUUUGUCGGCCAUUUUGAAUAUUGGCAACAUCCGUUUCCGGCAGUCUGGCAAGUGUGCCGAAGUUGAGAACACCGAUAUUGUUUCAAGGAUUUCAGAGUUACUGAGAGUAGAUGAAAAGAAAUUCAUGUGGUCAUUGACCAACUUCAUUAUGGUGAAAGGAGGCAUUGCCGAGAGGCGUCAAUAUACCACGGAGGAAGCCCGGGAUGCCCGAGAUGCAGUGGCCAGCACUAUUUAUUCACGGUUGGUGGACUUUAUCAUCAACAGGAUCAACAUGAACAUGUCCUUCCCCAGGGCUGUAUUUGGCGACACCAACGCCAUUGUUAUCCACGACAUGUUCGGCUUCGAAUGCUUCAAUCGCAAUGGCCUGGAACAACUAAUGAUCAACACCCUGAAUGAACAGAUGCAGUAUCAUUAUAAUCAAAGGAUCUUCAUCAGUGAAAUGCUGGAAAUGGAGGCCGAGGACAUUGAUACCGUCAACUUCAAUUUCUACGAUAACAAAACGGCUCUUGAUAAUCUGCUGACCAAGCCGGAUGGUCUGUUCUAUAUUAUCGAUGAUGCCUCAAGAUCUUGCCAGGAUCAGGACUUGAUAAUGGAUCGCGUUUGUGAGAAACACAGCCAGUUUGUGAAGAAGCACACUGCCACUGAGAUUUCCGUGGCUCACUAUACGGGCCGUAUUAUUUACGAUACGCGUGCUUUCACGGACAUCAACAGGGACUUUGUUCCACCGGAAAUGAUCGAGACUUUCCGGUCCUCGCUGGACGAGAGUAUCAUGGCCAUGUUCACGAAUCAAUUGACCAAGGCCGGCAACCUUACCAUGCCUUUCGAGGCUGUCCAGCAUAAAGAUGAUACCGAACGCAGGUCCUAUGCUCUGAACACCCUGAGUGCCGGCUGCAUUUCGCAGGUGAAUAAUCUCCGUACUUUGGCGGCCAAUUUCCGGUUCACCUGCCUCAGCCUGCUCAAAAUGCUCAGCCAGAAUCCGAGUCUGGGAGUGCACUUUGUCCGUUGCAUACGGGCCGAUCUGGAGUACAGGCCCAGGGCAUUCCACUCGGAUGUGGUGCAGCAGCAGAUGAAGGCCCUGGGUGUCCUAGACACAGUGGUUGCCAGGCAGAAGGGUUUCAGCUCACGGCUGCCCUUCGAGGAGUUCCUGAGGCGUUACCAAUUCCUGGCCUUUGACUUUGAUGAGCCUGUGGAAAUGACUAAGGACAACUGCCGUCUUUUGUUUUUGCGCCUCAAGAUGGAAGGAUGGGCUUUGGGCAAGACCAAGGUCUUUUUGCGUUACUACAAUGAUGAGUUCUUGUCAAGAUUAUACGAAGUACAGGUUAAGAAGGUUAUUAAGGUUCAGUCCAUGAUGCGAGCCUUGCUGGCACGAAAACGCGUCAAAGGCGGCAAAGUUUUCAAAAUGGGCAAGAAGGGCCAGGAGCAUCACGAUGUGGCAGCCUCCAAGAUACAAAAAGCCUAUCGGGGAUUCCGUGAAAAAAUUCGUCUACCGCCACUGGUCAACGAGAAGACCGGACAGCUGAAUGAGAACACGGCGGACUUUAUCCGGCCAUUUGCCAAGAAAUGGCGCGAAAAGUCCAUCUUCCAGGUUCUGCUGUACUACAGGGCGGCUCGUUUCCAGGACUUUGUCAACUUGUCGCAACAGGUCCACAUUUACAAUCAACGAAUGGUGGCCGGACUGAACAAGUGCACCCGGGCUGUGCCCUUUGAGAGGAUCAACAUGCGAGAGGUCAACUCCUCUCAGCUGGGACCGCUGCCAGUGCCCAUAAAGAAGAUGCCCUUCCGGUUGGAUCAGAUACCCUUCUACGACACCCAGUACAUGGUCGAUCCGGCCAACUCCAUCUCCCGUCAGACGUUCCCCAAUCAGCUCCUGAUGCAGCAACUGGAGGACGACGAGCCCUGGGACAGUCCUCUGCAGCGCAAUCCUUCGAUGACCUCGUGUGCCCUGACCUACAAUGCCUACAAAAAGGAGCAGGCCUGCCAGACCAACUGGGAUCGCAUGGGCGAGAGUGAUAACAUCUAUAAUCAAGGAUUCUUCAGGGAUCCACAGCAGCUGAGGAGAAACCAAAUGCAAAUGAACAUGAAUGCCUAUAAUAAUGCCUACAACAGCUACAGUAGCAAUCAGAACUGGGGUGUCCAUCGAUCGGGAUCCCGACGCAAUUCCCUGAAGGGCUAUGCUGCACCACCUCCUCCACCGCCCAUGCCCUCGUCCAAUUAUUAUCGAAACAAUCCCAGCCAGCAGCAGCGAAAUUAUCAGCAGAGGUCGUCCUAUCCACCAUCGGAUCCGGUGAGGGAGCUCCAGAACAUGGCACGCAAUGAAGGAGAUAACUCGGAGGAUCCACCGUUCAACUUCAAGGCUAUGCUGCGCAAGACCAACUAUCCCAGGGGCUCUGAGACCAGCACCUAUGACUUCAACAAUCGUCGCGGAUCGGACGCUGAUCAGCACACAUUCCAGGCGCCCAAACUCCGGUCCACGGGCCGCAGAUUCCAGGAGGACGAAGGCUAUAACUCCUCGUCUGGGAACUAUGGUGUGGGCAGGAACUUUGGCCAUCAGCAACGGACACCAACGCUGCGGCAGAAUCCGACCAGUGUUGGUCGUAGUUUCGAGGACAACAACGCCAGGUCCUUUGAGGAGGCAGGAUCCUACGUAGAGGAGGAAAUAGCUCCCGGAGUGACACUCUCCGGCUAUGCCGUGGAUAUCUAAAGCAUACAAUUAUGAAUUAAAAAUAUUUCUAAAUAAUAUCGUGCCUUUCGGAAUAUGAAGAGAGUUGCUAUAAAAGAAACCCACCUAUUUAUGAUAUUUUAUGAUUUCUUAUUAAAAAUUAAAUUAUUUUCUUAAAUAAAGAUUAAAACUAUCCUAUAGUUCCGAAAAGCACUUAGCCAUUGAACAAAAUUUAUAAAGAAUACCUUAAAAAUCUAAAAAUACCAUUAAAUGUCUGUCCCA